AUGGAAAAAGGUUGUAGCAUGCAUCUGUUGGCCAAUAUUAUUCUGACUAUAUGCGGAUAUAUUCCUGGUUUGAUACAUGCGAUUAUCAUUAUCUGCUAUUAUUGA